AUGGCCGAUUUCAUCAUCAAACUGAAGCCUGCAGAGCCUCAAGGCCGCAAAAUCUUGGAGACAGAGCGCGCACGAUCUGAUUUGAACGUCAAUCAGUUGGCGCAUCAUCUCUUACAUCGUGAUAACUUCCUGGAUAGACAGGAAAGGGUGUUGGCAAUCAUUGAGAAGAACCCGCUCUUCUCCAAAACAACCAAUCUAAAUCUUUCAAGGCCUGAACGGUAUCAUGUCGGUCUCGCACGUGCAAAGGAAGUGCGACGCCUUGCACGACGUGAGGGAUGGAGUGCCGAGGACUACACAAUGGCAAAUUAUCUUCUCGACGAAGUCUCGCCCUAUUCUCUGUCCGACAGCAUGUUUACAGUCUCAUUGCAGCAGCAAUGUGAUGAGCAACAACGAACACAGUGGCUCGGGAAGGCCGAAAACUGGGAAAUCACUGGCUGCUAUGCUCAAACAGAACUUGGACAUGGGAGUAAUGUCCGACAAAUUGAGUGCCAGGCAAGGUGGAAUCCUGAAACGAAGGACUUCACCAUCCAUAGUCCUACUUUGACAGCUUCGAAGUGGUGGAUUGGCAGUUUAGGUCGGACAGCCGACCACGCCGUAGUGGUGGCACAGCUCUUGAUUCCUAGUUCGACAGGGAAGAUGCAAUCAUACGGGCCACAUCAGUUUAUCGUUCAAAUUCGACAUCUUCAAACUCGCAAACCGCUCAAUGGAGUUGCGAUUGGGGAUAUCGGGCCCAAAUAUGGUUAUGCGUCCAUGGAUAAUGGCUACAUUCUUUUUGACCAUUUCCGAGUUCCCCGGACUUCAUUGUUGGCUAAAUACUCGAAGGUGGACAAGAAUGGGAAGUACACCAGAUCUCAAAGUUCGGCAACAGUAUAUGGCUCAAUGACAUACGCCCGGGCAUACCUCAUUGGUCAGGCUGCGUUAGUACUUGCACGCGCAGUCACCGUCGCCGUCCGCUAUACACUCAUCAGACGUCAAUUCAGCGACCGAGAUUCCGCCUCCACGAACACGGCGGAGGAGGCUGUACUGAACUAUUCCACAGUUCAGAUCAGGGUUUUACCAUUACUUGCAACAACCUAUGCGCUACACUACACGGCUGAGAUGGUGAAGGACGCUUUUCAAAACGUGAGAGCACAGAUUGACAAGGACAACGAUUUCUCCAAAUUGGCAGAGAUGCAUGCCAUGUCAUCCGGCUUGAAAUCGCUCUGCACGAGUCUUGCAGCGAAUGGAAUCGAAACAUGUCGCCGUGCUCUUGGGGGCCACGGGUUUGGUGGCCGUAGUGGUUUGAUUCCACUGAACGCAAAUUACCUGAACAAGCCCACGGUCGAAGGGGAUAAUUGGAUGAUCACACAGCAAACGGCAAGCUACCUCAUAAAACGGAUGCAGACGUGUAUCGAAACUCCCACCAUGACCCCGGUAGAUAAAGUGGACAUCACGUUUCUACAAUUUCUCACCACAAGUAGUCGUCGACGAUCUCUCGAUCUAAUAGCAUAUGGACCUGAUGAUUUGGUGGCUGCCUUUCAAUACCGCGCAAGCUAUUUGGCUCACAAAGCCUACCAGCUGCGCAUCAUGCAAAAGUUCUCUUGGAACGACAUGCUCAUUGAAUUGCAUCACUUGAGCAACGCUCACUGCGAAUUCCUGCUUGUCCAGAGUUUCCACGAUGCGCUUCAGCAGCCUUUCCCACCACUUGAUGCUGCAACACACCGUACAAUGCAGCAGCUAUUCAUGCUCUUCGCUCUCUUUACUUUGCAGGAUAAUUCUUCAGACUUCAUAGCCAUGGAAAUUUUGAAGCCUUCACAGCUUGACACGUUGAAGACGGAAAUACGACAGUUAAUGCAAACAAUACGGAUUCAUGCUGCCCGACUGGUCGAUGCCUGGAGUAUCCCUGACUAUCUUUUGGACAGUGCUCUUGGAAGAUAUGAUGGCGAAGUCUAUCCCGACUUGUUCAAGUCUGCUCACGAGCGAAACCCACUGAAUGCAGAGGUCUUCAACAGUGAUUAUCGGAGCGAAGAGAUCAUCUGGGGAGAAGGGGAGGAGCAUGCUCGACGGAGAAUUUUAGCGCUCGUGCAGGGCACUCCUAGCCUUGAGAAUACCGAGAUUGGCUCACUCAAGGCGAAUCUAUGA